AUGGAGCAGGGAGGCGGCCGGAGGUACUGGAGGAGGCUCAUUCUGCUAGGCAUUCUCUGGGCCAGCGCGCACCUGCCUCCGCGAGGGGCUUCCUCCGCACAGCGGCGCUUCUCCAGGGACACAGAAAACAACACCCAAUGUAUCUUUGCUCCAUCAUCCGAGUUUCCUGAAGGAUUUUUUACCAAACAGGAGCAAGCAGAUGGAGGAAUUAUAAUUUAUUUUCUAAUAAUCCUUUACAUGUUCAUGGCCAUAUCUAUCGUCUGUGAUGAAUACUUCUUACCUUCCCUAGAAGUCAUCAGUGAAUGCCUUGGGAUGUCUCAGGAUGUUGCAGGAGCAACUUUUAUGGCAGCAGGCAGUUCAGCCCCUGAACUAGUUACUGCUUUUCUAGGGGUUUUUGUCACCAAGGGAGAUAUUGGAAUCAGCACCAUCCUUGGAUCUGCAAUUUAUAAUCUCCUCGGCAUCUGUGCAGCUUGUGGGCUGCUUUCUAAUGUGGUUUCAAAGCUAUCUUGCUGGCCCAUGUUUAGAGAUUGUGUGGCAUAUGCAAUCAGUAUAGCAGCAGUUUUUGGCAUAAUAUUUGACAAUCAAGUUUAUUGGUAUGAAGGAGCCGUGCUGAUUUUGAUAUAUGGAGUGUAUGUUUUGGUGCUAUGUUUUGAUAUUAAAAUUAAUCAAUAUAUCAUGAAGAAAUGCAGUCCCUGCUGUACCUGUUUGGCUAAAGCUAUUGAAGGACAAGCUGAAGAGCCACUGAUGGGGUGGGAAGAUCGUCCACUCAUCCGUCGACAAUCAAGAACCGAUAGUGGGAUUUUUCAUGAAGACUCUGAUUACUCACAGUUGUCUACGAGUUUACAAGGAUUUAAUGAGGUUUCUGAAGAUCCUCCAAGUGUUUUCAGCAUGCCUGAGGCCGACUUGAAAAGAAUUUUUUGGGUUCUAACCUUGCCCAUUAUUACAUUACUUUUCCUAACAAUCCCAGACUGCAGAAGAAAGUUUUGGAAAAAGUGCUUCAUGAUAACCUUUAUCAUGGCUGCAGUAUGGAUUUCCGCAUUUACUUAUGUUCUUGUUUGGAUGGUCACAAUAACUGGAGAAACACUGGAAAUUCCAGAUACAGUAAUGGGCCUUACAUUAUUAGCAGCAGGAACAAGCAUACCAGACACUGUUGCAAGCGUGUUGGUUGCGAGAAAAGGUAGAGGAGAUAUGGCUAUGUCUAACAUUGUAGGAUCCAAUGUGUUUGAUAUGUUGUGUUUGGGUGCUCCAUGGUUUAUUCAAACUGCAUUCACAAAUACAUCGGCUCCUGUCAAAGUUAACAGCAGUGGAUUGACUUACACGGCUAUUUCUCUCAUUCUUUCCAUUGUUUUUCUUUUUCUAGCUAUUCACUUGAAUGGCUGGAAACUAGACAAGAAGUUGGGGGUAGUUUGUCUAGUAAUGUACUUGGUGCUUGCUACAUUAUCAGUUCUAUAUGAACUUGGAAUUAUAGGAAACAAUAAAAUAAGGGGCUGUGGAGACUGAUCUUUACUAGUGU